UGAUGCUCUCCAUUUGGGAGACAUGGCCCGGAAAGUCACUGCUGAUAUGGACAAAAUGCAAACAGAAAUAAGAGAACUUCGAUCAGAAAACGAGGCCCUCAGGCGAGAGGUCAAGAGUACAGUGGCUGCCAUGGCAACGACAAACGAGGCACUCUCCUCGCUCCAGUCUCGUACUGACAGACUAAGCCACACCCUCCUCUGUGAGAUGGAGUACUAUUGCCAUGCCAGAGAGCCGCACGAGCUGGUUGCCCUGGAGUGUAUGAAGACCCAGCUGGCCGGCAGACAGAUCCACCUACAUGCAGGGGGUUCCCCUGCUGUUGUUAGGAUGACAUCAUACCUCACACAUAAGGAGUCCGGACAGGCAAGUGGCUUUAUUCUACUUUUACUUUUACUUUUUUCCCUUCAUGAUGAAUAUGGUACUACUAUAGGUAUGGUUGAGUCCGCCAUUCUACGUGUGUUCUGGCUACAAACUGAGACUAGCGGUCCAUCUGAAUGGAGUGGGAGCUGGCAAAGGCAGUCACGUCUCUAUCUUCCUCCACCAAAUGGCUGGAGAGAUGGAUAAUGAACUACACUGGCCGUUCCUUUUAAAGGAUCGCGUGAGGGUGUCGCUGAUAGACCAGACAAAGACCCAACCCAACUCCCCCACACACCCACCACUCCCCACCACUCCCCGAUCUUCACCAAAGUUUGUCCGUCGCCAGUCCAAUCUUCCUCCCCUCUCCCCUCCCUCCCCCAUCUCCCUCCCUCCCACUGCCGCGCCGCUACGACAACCACGGAGACUGGCUGACGACCAGCGACCGCCUCCACUGAGACAGGAAUCAGCUCUGGUUGUCAUAGAAACACAGGCGAUGGCGGUACAGGGGUUCCUGAGGCGAGUGAGAGGAGAAGAAAUGUCCCUCGGGGGUGUCGUCGUUUCAAAAAUGGAGCUCUUCUGCACGCAGUCAAAAGUGAAUGGAGUCGUCCAUUUGGAUUCUCUCGUCUUCUCUGUUUGUCUGUGCAGCGGAAACCUUUCCGACGGACAUAUUGCUUGCUAGCUGUGAUGUAAUCACGAUGUCAUUCGUUAUUGUUUUUAUGGAAGCCUCUGAUACGAGCAUAGUUGAUGAUGUCAUUUUUCAUUCUACUGUGUCUCUUACAUGAUAUGAUGUAAUCAUUGCAUCAUCUGUUUUCUCACUUUCAUGAACUCGAUCUGUCUCUGAUGGCAGAAUAAAAAUUUGCUUUCCAUGAUGUAUUCUUACAUCAUUAAACUGAACAAGCUUUCGGUUGC